AUGCCACAUGAUUCUUGGAUUCCAAAUGAGCUCAUCAUAUCCAAAAGUUCUUAUGAUGUUAUUGACAAGUCCGCAAAUGUGGCCUUGUAUUACCUCUUAGGGAGCAUUGGUUCAUCCCAUGGUGUUUCCAGUGAAUGUUUGAGGAUUUUGUUGGAAACGAAGGAGGCAAUUGAAAGACAGAGGAAUCUGAAGAAACGGCCAACAGACAAGGGUGAGGUAGCUGAUGCAGAGGGUGGGGUUCAGGAAGAAGAUAUUCUCAUGCAGGAUGAAAUUUUCAAGUCUCGUCUAGCCAGCAUCAAACGGGAGGAGGAAGCUGUAAUGCGUGAAAGAGACCGGCAUGAGUUGGAAAAAGGAAGAUUAAUACGUGAAAUGAAACGUAUAAGGGAUGAGGAUGGCUCUCGUUUCAACAAUUUUCAGAUAUUGCAUCACCGUUAUGCUCUCUUAAACCUUUUGGGCAAAGGAGGAUUUAGUGAAGUUUAUAAGGCUUUUGACUUGGUAGAACAUAGAUAUGUUGCCUGUAAGCUACAUGGUUUGAAUGCUCAGUGGAGUGAAGAGAAGAAGCAAAGCUAUAUACGGCAUGCGAUCAGGGAAUAUAAUAUUCACAAAACCUUGGUCCACCGUCACAUAGUUCGGCUUUGGGACAUCUUUGAGAUUGAUCACAACACAUUCUGCACUGUCUUGGAGUAUUGCAGUGGCAAGGAUCUCGAUGCUGUUCUUAAAGCAACACCGGUACUUCCAGAGAGAGAAGCUAGAAUUAUUGUGGUCCAGAUCUUUCAGGGCCUUGUUUACCUGAAUAAAAGAUCGCAAAAAAUUAUUCAUUACGAUUUGAAACCUGGAAAUGUUCUAUUUGAUGAAUUUGGUGUUGCUAAAGUCACAGAUUUCGGUCUUAGCAAGAUUGUGGAGGACAAUGUUGGAUCCCAAGGCAUGGAACUUACAUCGCAGGGUGCUGGUACAUAUUGGUAUCUGCCUCCAGAAUGUUUUGAGCUAAGCAGGACACCUCUAAUUUCCUCAAAGGUUGAUGUUUGGUCUCUGGGUGUCUUGUUGUACCAAAUGCUGUUUGGCAGACGGCCUUUUGGGCACGACCAGAGUCAAGAGAGAAUUCUCCGUGAAGAUACAAUUAUUAAAGCCCGUAAAGUUGAGUUCCCUUCAAGACCAUCUGUAUCUAAUGAGGCAAAGGAUUUUAUUCGCCGUUGCCUAACAUACAAUCAAGCAGAGCGACCUGAUGUUUUAGCUAUUGCUCAAGAUCCAUACCUGAUUUAUACAAAGAAAUGACGGCGGCACGGCUCGGAGCUAAGCUGCAGACGAGAGUGUCUAUGGCAAGAAGUCUCCCAUCUUGUUCACUUUUUGAGGACAUGAAUUCAGUGAAACUCGGAAAAUUUUGUAUAUUGGUAAAGCCUAUAUGCUUCCAUUUUUUUGUUUCUUCCUUCUUUCUUUAUUUGGUUUUUUAGGGGGUUGUACCCUGCUGCUUGUAAGGUUGUUCCUUUAGACCAUUUCUUUUUUCCGUGUAACUUCAAUUGUAUGUGAUGGAACCACAUGUUUUUGCAUUAACGAAAGCAUGAAAGAGAAGAAGAAAUGGAAGAUUGCAGAUGUA